AUGUCAGCAGAUGGUGCUAUCAAAAGCACACUACAAUCACCCCCUCUCAGUGCCCCAAUGCUUUUAAAUACACACUCUCCCCCUCAGCUUGACCAUGCAGAUUAUGCCAAGACUCGUUGCUGGACCGAGGAAGACUGGAAAAGGUGGUGCAUGACUCCAGAAGGACAAGGUGCUAACUCACAGAUGUCGUUUCUUGAGGACAAGAAUGGGGAAGCACUUCCAGCUGCAAGGAUCACUAACAUCCUCCAGGCAAUGCGAAGUAUCUGGCAUGAGUUCCAUAAAUAUGGACUCAUCAAUGCUCAGACAACUUGGUCCUCGAUGCCAUUGACACUCAAGAAGGCAUUCCACCUUGAGAUCAUGCAGUCUUUUCCAGAACUCAACUUAUGUGCAGACCACUGGAAGAGUGAUAUGCUUGCAAAGAAACACUACUCAUCCUUUAAGCAGACUUGGUUCACUAACAGGUCAGAUGAGAAAGUUGCCAGCUUUGCUAAGUGCAAGAUGAAGACUGAAACAGCAGAGAACAUGGUAUCACCAACACCCAAAUGGCCAAAACUUCCUCUUGGGUCUCAAUUGCUGACUGAGGGCGAUGGUAGUGCUAGUGACAGUCUGCAGAUUGACAUGCCAAAUGAGCCAUCUCCAACUACUCAUUCCAACUCAUUGCUGCUUACCUUCAAUUGGACUAAUGAUGAGGGUGUCCCUACACCCAACAAUGAAAAUGCUCAUGCACCAGGCAAGACUGCAUAUAUACAAUUUUGGUGCUACUAA